AUGGCACUCGUCGAUGUUGCCCCCCAAGUCUCGGCCGACAUUACCCGACUCAACUCCUAGUCAGUGCACAACUGUGCCGCCCCCUUCGCUGCAGUCUGGUGUGACCUGCCUGCCUCGUAGCUUGACUGACACGCCGCUCACGCCGUCCCCCCCCCCCCCCCAUCAUCGGCUCGCUUGGUCGAAUCCUGCCCGUGCCUUGCGCUGCGGGAAUCACCGUCAGUGUCGGGUUCGAUUCCAUCACUCGCCAGAUUGAACACAAGUUGCUCAAGGUCAGUCGGGACCGACCUCGUUAGAACUGGAUUGGAUUGGGGGAGGCGCGCAUGGGAGCUGACGACUUGUGACGUGUGUCUCACAGCGCGGCUUUCAAUUCAACGUCAUUGCCGUUGGUGCGUGGACCAGGCACUUCACCUCUUUGAGUUGAACGUGCACAUGAGCAGGCAUAGGGAUCCUACGGGAAGGGGUGUAGAGGCUCAGAGGGGUUGCAGUAGGCGCAUCACACCUCCGUCGCUCGCCCCCCGCUCGGACCUCCUCCCUUAUUCUCCCUUACGCUCCCGUGCUCUGGGGCACGUGCGGCAUGCCACAUGGACUCGAUAGGAUUGGGGAUAAUACAGGAUGCUCGAUGUAACACUGCUUACCCCGACUCAUUCCUCACCUCUCCUCUCGCCCGACUUCGAUCCGCCUGCCCAUCACAUCACCUACCUCCCUGUGUAUCUGCAGGCCAAACCGGACUCGGCAAGUCGACCCUGAUCAACACCAUCUUUGCAUCCCACCUGAUCGACACCAAGGGGCGCUUCGAGCCGGACGAACCCGUGCGACAGACGACCGAGAUCCAGGCCGUGUCCCAUAGUGAGCUGAGCCUGGUGGAGAGUGCGCGAGUGAUGUAGCAGAGAGGCUGAUGUUAUGCGAACCGGUGACUUGUACAGUCGUUCAGGAGAACAAUGUCAAGUUGCGUUUGAACAUCGUCGAUACGCCUGGCUAUGGGGAUUUGAUCAACAACGAGGGAUGGUGCGUGUAUGCGCACGACGCUAGGUCACAAGCGAAUUCUGACGCCUUUCCGUUGGACAUGGCCGCACAGCUGGGACCCGAUCAUCAAGUACAUCAAGGACCAGCACUCGGCGUACCUGCGCAAGGAGCUGACCGCGAUGCGCGACAAGUACAUCGUCGACACCCGCAUCCACUGUUGCCUCUACUUCAUCGCACCGACGGGCCAUGCGCUCAAGGCGAUCGACAUCACCGUGAUGAAAAAGUUGUCCGAGGUUGUCAACGUCGUCCCCGUCAUUGCCAAGAGUGACUCGUUGACGCUCGAGGAAAGGGAACUGUUCAAGCAGAGGGUCAGUUUUGGACCGGGCAGGGCGAAUGAUCUUUCAGCCAAAGAUGAUUACUCACCUCCAAACUCCUUCCAUACCUGACCAGAUUCGCGCCGAGUUGGCCCACCACAACAUCCGUGCCUACCCCUUCGACAAUGAUGAUGAUGACCACGAGGAGAGGAAGCUCAACGAGGCGAUUCGGGUGCGUUGCCAACAAAUGUGAUGAUGACUCGAGAGAUGUCGAUCCAUUAUUGAUGUUGGAGUAACUGCACAGAACAUGAUCCCCUUCGCCGUCGUCGGUUCGGAACGCAACGUCAUCAUCGACGGCAAACCCGUACGAGGGCGCAAGAACCGAUGGGGCGUGAUCAACGUCGAGAACGAGCAACACUGCGAAUUCAACUACCUGCGCAACUUUUUGACCCGUACGCAUCUGCAGGACCUGAUUGAGACGACGGCGCAGAUCCAUUACGAGGCGUUCAGGUCCAAGCAGUUGUUGGCGCUCAAGGAGUCGUCCGCGAGCAAGGCGCAGCAGAGUCAGACGAACGGCGCAUAG